UAAACUGUAUAAAUUGUAUUAAAAUAUGAAAAAGUGUCUUUUAACUCUAUUGAAACAAAGAUAUAUAGUUCUUUUACUAAAUAUACUAUUGAUUAUUAUUUUAGAUGAAGAAAUUGACGGGACAGCUUUUUUGGAGUUGAAGGCAUUAUUGCUGCAUGCAAUGGGCAUCAAAAUGGGCCAGGCCAUUAAAAUUCAAGCCAUAAUUAAGGGAAAAAAGAAAAAUGAUAGUGUAUUAAAAGACGUAACAUGUUUAAAAGAUACAACAGCUAUAGCUUUUAGUUUAACUGAAACUUUAAACAGCCCCCUUGAUGAGUCAGCUGUGUCACCAACAUUAUCAUCGACACUUCAACUUUCACCUGACGUUUUAAACGAGUCAAGAAAAAUUAAGUUAAAUGUUUCUACUACUGAUGUACAGGUUGCUUUAAGAUUGGAUAACAUUGACUUUAAGAUACGUAGUUUGCUUGAUGAGCAUCAAAUAGGUAAGCUUGUUUUGGCAGAAUAUGAUUCUACAGGUGCACUUAUUAAAAGGCGUCAAGAUAUUAUCCACAUUGUUGUUAACUCAAUGGUCCAUAGAGUUGGAAAUAUGUAUCCUUCCACAAAAACCAAAUCUAAUCUUGCAAAAGCAAUUAUCACUGCCUUUCCAAAGCUGCAUUCUGGUGGAAAACUUGGAUAUGAAAACUAUUAUAGUCCAUAUACAGAAUUUGUAAUGGGUAAUAAGAAAAAGAAGGUCACUCCUCAUGGCCACAUAGAAGAGAGACUGAAAACUAUACGUAAACAUGUUGGUGUUCAUGUUCAAGCUCGUCGAAAGAGAGUUAUUGUUUUAGCAGAAGAGUUCCACUCAUCAGCACCUUUUUCAAAAGAAGAACUAAGUAUGAUUGCAGAGUUGAGAUUUGAUGACUUAGGCUAUGAAAAAAGUUGGACUAUAUGGAAAAAACUUCAUGCUCUCGUCGAAAAUGGAUUGUGAAUUGUAGGCCAACAUUUGAUGAUUUACUCAAAACAUUUCCGCCACUAAAAGAUCUAUCCAUACACGUAAGAAUAAAAAUCAUCGUAUUAUCAUUCAAACUUUUCACCAAUAAAUAUUUAAAAUUAUUCAAACACAAAAAUGAAAUGUCUUGUAAUUCAUAGAAGAUACAUCUUUUUCAGAAAGAUUUCUGUUGCAAUUUCGCAGAGUUGAAUGAUUUUUUGGCUCAAUGGGAGUUAAUAACGCCACAUGUUAUCUCUUGGGCAAGGCAAAAGACAAAUUUGAUGGUCAAGCAGAUUCUUGCUGAGCUUGAUAUGCAAGACAACCCUUCUAUAGGAAUUGAAAUGGAUUUUGCAUUGUUAUUACUCCCCUUUAUAAUUAAAGUACCAUCAAAGAAUAAAAGUUGUGCAUCAGCUGCUGAAGUUGCAGAACAUUUCAUUCAAUUUUAUCCGGCAUCAACUCCGAUGGAAAUUGUGCUUCAAAGUCUUACUCACAAGCAUCCGUUAGUCAUAGCUUUGGGUACUCAUUGCAGUGUCGGUCAAUUAUUUAUUGUUACAGAGUGUCGAGCUAUUCCUGUCAACAGAUGUAUAUCUUAUGCUGUUGACAUCUUAAUUAAACUUUAUUUUUUAAUGAACAUGGAGUAUGCGGAACAAUGUAGCCACAUAUUGUACUUUUUGCAGCAUACCGUGUUAGGUUACCAAGAUGAAAUGCAUCUAUCGAGAGGAGCGAGUGACUUGUCCCUUUACCUUAGACAAAAACUUAAUCAAUUUUAAACGCAGAAACAAUUAUAUUUUGGUUAUUAUUUGCUAUAUGCAUUGUUAUUGCUAUAUUGCGUAAAUUUGUAUAAAUUAUACUUUUAAAUAUAUUGACUUUCUGAAAAUAA